AUGGCGGAGGAGGAGGAGGAGGACGGCGCCUGGCCGGAGGUGACGGGCUCCGGCCGGCGGGAGCUGAGCCUGUCGGCGGGGCCGGAGCUGGAGCGGCGGGUGGCGGCGGCCGGGGGCGUCCUGCCGCCGGCGCUGGGCCGGCUGGGGGCGUCGCUGCGGUCGCUGGAGGUGCGCGGCGGCUGCCCUGGCCUGCGGGAGCCGGGCCCGGCCUUGGGGCGGCUGACGGCGCUGCACACCCUGGCCUUGCCCGGCUGCGGGCUGGGCCCGGCGGGGCUGGCGCGGGCGGCGGGGCUGUUCCCGGCCACGCUGCGCAUCCUCGACCUCUCGGGCAACGCGCUGGAGGAGCUGCCCGCCGAGCUGGGCGGCGCCGGCGAGGCCGGGGCGGGCGAGGCCGGGGCGGGCGGCGCCCUGCCCGAGCUGCGGCUGCUCAACCUGCGCCGCAACCGCCUGCGCCAGCUGGGGGCCGGCCUGGCCCGCCACGCCCCGGCCCUGCAGGAGCUGCUCCUGGGCGGCAACGGCCUGCGCGCCCUCCCCGGCGGCCUCCUGCCCGCGCCCGGCCGCAGCCCGCCUUUGCCCCUGCUCGCCACUCUCGAGGCGGCCGGCAACGAGCUGGAGGAGCUGGGGCCCCAGAUCGCCCACCUGGCCGGACUCAAGACGUUGGAUGUCUCUAAUAACAAACUGUCUGAAAUCCCUGUGGAGUUAGCGGACUGUCCAAAGCUGAAAGAUGUCAACCUGAAAGGCAAUUUCCUAAAAGACAAACGUCUCGAGAAGAUGGUGAACGGCUGCCAAACGAAAUCCAUCUUGGAGUAUUUGCGAGUCGGGGGCCGGGGGAGCGGCAAAGGGAAAGGAAAACAGGAGGGCGCAGAGAGAGAGGAGGCGCGGCGGAAGAAGAGGGAGAAGCCGAAGAAAAAAGCCAACAGCGAUUCGGAGGAUGAUGAGGCGGAAGAGGUCCAGAAGCUGAUGGUCAAAGUGCUCCACAUCUCUGAGAACCCAGCGCCAGUGAUCGUAAAAGCCGACCCAGCAGUCAAAGACGUCCGCCCCUAUAUUGUGUGCUGUGUGGUGAAAGGAAUGGACUUCCAGACAGGCAAUGCUUUGAAGAGGUUUCUUUCUGUUCAGACCAAACUCCACGAAGACGUCUGUGACAAAAGGACAACAGCCACCAUCGCCACGCACGAUUUGCGGCUGAUCAAAGGUCCUCUCCUGUAUGACGCUCGACCUCCUGAUGAUUUGAAGAUCUCUCCCUUGGGCCGGAAAGAGAUCAAGGCAAAGGACCUCCUUCGCCAACUGCAGCUAGAAGCCGACGAGCAGAGGAAGCAGAAGAAGAGGCAGAAUAUUUCUGGGCUGCACAGGUACCUCCGGUUACUAGACGGGAAAGAGAAUUACCCCUGCCUAAUAGAUGCUGAGGGUGCUGUGAUUUCAUUCCCACCAAUCACAAACAGUGAGAAGACAAAGCUUGGAAAAACGACCUCGGAUAUCUUUCUAGAGGUGACAAGUGCCACCAGCCUGCAGAUCUGUAAAGACGUAAUGGACACGCUCCUUCUGAAAAUGGCAGAGCUCCACAAGUUCACAGCCGAGAAUAAGGAUGGGGAAGUGAAUUCUGAUCCCAAAUCAAACGAGAUUCUCCACUGCGAAAACUCGGGCGCCAAAACAAUUCCCAAGAAUUCCCCUCUGAUCCUGGAACAAGUUCGGGUUGUGGAUACAGACGGCAACUUAAAGGUCCUCUACCCUUCGAAAACUGAUCUCAGCACGGUCUCAUCGCUCCUCACUGUAAUUCAUUAA